CAAAUUAAUCCGUAUCUAAAGGAGGGGUUGAGAUCCGUGCCUCCGAAACUCCAUCUUUAUCUGCCAGCACUCUUUCAAAAUCAAAUUAGAGUGCACGUCUUCAGCCUGCUGCUUACUUCUACGCUAGUGCUGUGCUGGUCAUGCUGUAGUGCGGGAGGCUGAUGCUGAGCUGCUGAGUAGAAGAAGGACAGGUCGCCAUUUUGUAGGAUCGGAGGAGAACCGGCGAGGAUGGGAAAGUCCAAUGCAUCAUGUUUCAAGUUCAUUGCCUGCGGUAGCAAUUCCGUCGACCAUGACGAUCUACAGAGUAAAGAUUCAAUUGAUCGGCGUGGAUGGAGUUUUCGAAAGAGAUCCGUUAGACAUACAGUAUUAAGUACCACUGUUGGUACAGAGACACCCUCAUCCACAAACAAGGAAAACACAGAUACUACCGUCAUUAACUUCCUAGUGCAGCCUGAUUUGAAUGUGCCAGAUAAGAACUUGAUCACUAAUGGGAUAGAAGAUAAGGCUGAACUGUCUUCUCAACUGGAUUCAAAGUUAUUGGAGGAUGAAUUUGGAGAUGCAACCUACAACGAAUCCAGUGUUAUUAAAAUUCAGGCAGCCAUUAGGGGGUUCCUGGCUCGGAAAGCACUACUGAAGCAGAAGAAUAUUAUUAAACUACAAGCUGCAGUACGAGGACAUGUAGUUCGAAGAUAUGCUGUGGGAACCCUUCAUUGCAUUCAGGCCAUUGUCAAAAUGCAAGCUCUUAUUCGAUCUCACCAUGCCUCUCUGGUAGCAGAAGAAGGGUUUGAAAAGGGCAAUAUUGGGUCAUCCCUCUUGGGAAGGAGAUUACAUGGCAGAUACACUUAUGUUUCCACUGAGAAGCUACUCAGCAAUGCUUUUGCUCGUCAGCUUUUGGAGUCAGUUCCAAGGCCAACCAACAUAAAAUGCCAACCAUCGAAAUCCGACACUGCCUGGAAAUGGCUUGAAAGGUGGAGCUCAGUUUCUUCAGUGACUAAUGAAGAACCAAAGGAGUCUGGAUUUAUACAGCAGCACACAGAAGAGCAUUCUGAUUGCAGACAGUCCACUUCAGUUCCAUCUGAAUAUUAUAAUGAACCUACAGAUUCAAGUUCCAGCGUGGCUGCAUCUAUUGAAUCAUCUAAAAAUGAUUAUGGUUUGAUCACUUUUGAUGCCGACAUUUCAAAACCCCAUUCUUUCGUAUUGUUAUCUCCUUCAUCCAGUAGUCCUAAGCUGCAGACCAUAACCCCUCUGACUUCAAGUUUUGAUUCAACAGAGUCGGGCAACAUUGAGAUCAGAGAAACUGAUUUUAUUGACGAGAUUCGAAGGAAAUCUCUUCACAAGGAGGAGGAGGAGAUAAGAGAAUGCAAUGGACCUGAUUCGAUAAGGUCUUCGACUGAUAAAGUAGAAACUGAGGGAAAAAAGGUCUCCAGAAAGGCAAGCAACCCUGCUUUCAUUGCUGCACAGUCAAAAUUCGAAGAACUGAGUUCAGCUGUUGCUCCUGUAAAGUCUUUGGAUAAGUUAUCUUCUGCUGCUGAUCUACCAUUGAGAUCCAGAGACGAUGGAUUAGCUGACAAUAGCUUUUCCAAUGCUUCGGCUAUCCAAUUUGGAGACUCUGAAUGUGGAACUGUGCUUUCCAUUACUUCUACACUUGAUUCACCAGAGGUGUCGGAGGCUGGAGUCAACGAUAUCGAACUGGAAACAAGUGACACCAGGCAUCAGAGAAGCAGUGGGUCUGUAGAAUGUGAAGCUAAUCGAAACUCCAUGAUUUCAGAAUCCGAUUGGUCUUGUUCUAAUGCUACUAAAUUGGAGCAAGAAGAAAGUACUAACUCAGCAGCUGGUGAAUGGACUAAUUCCAUGAAUGCCGUAAAUUCAGGAACAAAGCCGCCACCAUACCCUGAAGAUAAAUCUUCCCCUAAACCUCAUAUAACUGAUCCUGUUUCUCAGGCAACGCCAUCAAGCGAAGUAUCUGUCAAACCCAAGAAGAAGAAAGGUGAAAAAAGUGGGUCAAACCAACAUAACAAGUCUUUACCUGUGGUUAAAAAUUCUGUUUCAAAAGAUAGCUUGGAGCCUUUACAUGAGCAUAAAACUGGAAAGAAGCGACACCCGAUUGGUUCAGAAAAAAGUGAUCAUGGGGAACCUGAACCAAGAGAUUGUAACUUGAACAAUCUUCCUAGUUACAUGCAAGUGACUGAAUCUGCAAGGGCCAAAGCCAUUUCAAAUGGCUCACCAAGAUCGAGCCCAGAUGUCCACGACAAAGAAAUCCAUGUAAAAAAGAGACAUUCCCUUCCGAGCUCGAAUGACAGACAAAGAUCUCCUCGAAUUCAGAAUGCAAAGGGAAAUGCGACCCUUUCUCCUCAAGACCGGAAAUGGCGUCGGUGAACACUCUUGAAGAACACACAAAGUUUCCAAGGUGAGCAUUCUUAUCUCUGUGAGUUUCCUUUCUUUUGGAUGGGAUUAAUGUGUAACAUUAUACAUAUAAACCAUACAUAUAUAUAUAUAUAUUUGCUGUGUUUUUGUUUU